AUGCUCCGUCAGGUAAUCCAGGGAGCUGGGCGAUUGCAUUACCAGGCCGGCUCCACCAGAAACUUCAUCGCAAGGACAUCAUUCUUACUACGCUCGUUCUCCGCCACCGCAUCGCAACCCAUCAGAUAUGGCGGGCCAAACGACAAAAUUCGCAUAUUUGAGCGAGCCUCUAAGUCAAGCAAGAAGCAGGUCGAGAUAGACCCGAAUGCAGAAGAUGCCGAGGAACGACAAGACCUCGAAAAUGAGCUGGCCAAGCUGGACAAGGAGCUGGACGACCUCAAGAAGGACCCGUUCGCUGUAGAUAGCCCAUUCAUACAGAGCUUGCCGGAGAAGGACCGAAUCAUCGCCAUUGAAGCUAUACGCAAGUAUGAGGCAGAGCACGGCCAUGAGGAUGAGGAUGAGGGCGCGUCAGGACUUAGCCAAAUAUUCGACCAAGAGCUGGAUGAUAUGAUCAAGGAAGAAUUCGAGGGACUGGCAAAAGAAGAGGAAGAGACAUUUGACAUGACCAAGCCUAUGUCAGAGACUGGUUUGGGUAGGGAGGAAGUUGAACUAUCGCCGAUGCACCCUUACGAAAUCCGAUUUCGCACGCACCUUCAACGAGUUGAGGUCGAUCCAAACAGGACAAACGUACAGGAACUCUGGCGAUGGUAUCAGCGCUGUAAGGAUGCCAUUCCGUCUUUUCUACCUUCGUUACAACCGCAGACAUUGCAAUUGUUGUGGAAAUCGCAGGUUCAGAGUCAGACGCCCGCCACCACUCGCAUGACCCAUGUACAAACACUUGUCGAAGAUUUCAACUCUAUGGAAAGAGGUCUUCUCCCUACCGAAGUUCUCGAGUUUAUCAACGUUAUACAUGACGCAGGCGAUACUGAGAGAGCGCUGCAGCUAUGGGAAGAAUCACAGACCAUCAUAACUCGCGGAGAGGGCGAUUUACACGCUUAUUGGAGCUUGGGCGUGCGACUUUUUGCAGCAAACGGCGACCCACAGAGAGCUCAAGAUAUUGCAUUUGCUUUCCUUACUGGUGAUGGAAGUCGAUAUGCCCGCGUUCUUAUCCCAAUAGCUACGGCAUGGGCAAAGCAUGCUGAUAACAAGGCGGAUGCAAAAGCGUGGGCGAUUUACCUCCAACUCAAAACACUAUUGGGUUCUGAGAUGAAAAUGGAAGAUUAUGACACUGUCAGCACCUCAUUUCUGAACGAUGGCAAGAUCAAUCUUGCGCUAGCUGUGUUCAAGGAUAUGAUGAUCACGGGGAAAGACCCUACAAAUGAUUCUACGGCCAUCUACCAAAGGGCUAUUGGCCUUGCAGGCCAUCUACAAACUUCAAGCAUUAAGGAAGAAGACGUUAACAGAAUAUCUCUUUCUGCCUUGACUUUCUUACCUCGACGCUUCCAGAACAAGUUCUUUUACGCUAGCUGGAUGAAGAAACUCAUUGGCAUGGGCGAGGUUGAUUCUGCUGCGGCUGUGGUAGAACUCAUGUUUGAGAGAGGAGUGAAGCCAGAUGCAAUUCAUCUUAACGGAAUAAUUGGAGGCUGGCUUCGAAAUGGGAGCCCUUCGUCCAGAGAUAAAGCGGAAAGACUCGGUUGGUCUAUGAUUCAACACCGAAUUGAUACCGUCUGGAAUCGUAUACAGCAUCCUGAACAGUCUUCAAAACCAGUUGUCCCCGAACAACCAGCUGAUCGUCGAAUACCGGCAUUCUUGAAGCGGACACUUCCCCCUGCAAAUAUUGAAACGUUCUCUAUCCUUCUGCUACAUUAUUCACGACGUGGUGACGACGACAUGGUCAAAUAUUUAAACAAAUGUCUCAGCGAUGCUCAAAUUCGACCCAAUUCAUAUUAUAUGAACCAUCUACUAUAUGCCGAUCUACGCAAGCAUUACAUCCACAGUCUCUGGGAAAAAUUCCAGUUUUUGAGUCGACAGGUAGCUCCUGAUCUAGAAACAUUUGCAUGUCUCUGGGAUUGUGGGAAACUCCAAUACGAUCGAUCUCGAACACCAUACGAUAUAAACUUCCCUCAAGUGCGCCGUCUUUUCUCUAUAAUGAUGCGGUGGUAUUCAGGGCUCGAUGUACGGAGAAGGAAAACCGCACAAGAAGAAUUCUCCAAAGAACUAUAUGAUCAGAUCACGCUCUGUUUCUGUCUUUCACAGGAUCUCUGCGGCUCUCUUGUCGCACUUUAUGCCAUGCAAAAGCUAUUCAACUUCUACCCUGACGACAACACAGCACGCAUGCUAGUUCUGCAAAUAGCCCGAAUAGCCAACAAUAAUAGCAGCAAUCAACCCACCGGAAUUGGGAGGAGGUCGCGAGCUCGACGACGCCUAUCUGCUGCACCGCAACAUAAAGAGAACAUCGAGCAGAUACAAAACGUGCUAGCCGUGCUACAGGACCGCAAGGCAUCGAUGUUGCGAGCCCAGGGGCUCAGCGUUGAUCAACUUGAAGAACACGAGCGACGACAGUACCAGCUCGAGAUUCUUGGGGAUCUUCUCGUCUCGGUGAUUGAGCGCACUGUCGUUGUUGGUUCAGAAGAGGGAGUCAAAGCGCCGGUCGCUUCUGCUGUGCAUGAAAUGGGUGUCGAUGGUCUUGAUAUACAGUUUCAUCAUGAGACGCUUCAAUAG